AUGUCGAGUUCCGACGAAGAUUCAGUUUCAUACAUGAGUAAAUAUAUAGUAGAUGCCGAAAUUUUAAACACUUUCGUUAAUAUAAUCGAAGAUGAAGAAGCAGAAGCAGAGAGCUCGAGAAUGGCCGACAAACCAAAAAUACCGAGACGAUCAAUAACCAGAAACCAUGUGGAAGCCUCCACACGUUUAUACAAUCAUUACUUUGCCCCACAACCCGUUUAUCCUGCCGAUUAUUUUAGAAGGCGUUUUCGAAUGCCGAAAGAAAUGUUUCUUCGUAUAGUGAACGAUAUAUAUAACUUUGACGCUGUACAACCAUUACCGCCCCACUUUGCAUUCUUCCACAACGCUCCAACCGAUGCUGUGGGUCGGCCGACGUUAAACAUUUUUCAGAAAUGUACUUCCGCUAUACGCCAACUGGCUUAUGGUUCUACUGCCGACCAGUUAGAUGAAUACCUCGAAAUGGGUGCUCAAACGUCUGCCGAUUCGUUGAACUCCUUCUGCAAAUGUGUUAUUCAAUUAUAUCACGCCGAGAUUUUGAGAAAACCAACACAAGAAGAUGUUAACCACGUGACCACUAAACAUGAGGCGGUACAUGGUUUUCCGGGUAUGCUUGGAAGCGUUGAUUGUAUGCAUUGGGCUUGGAGAAACUGCCCAAUAGCAUGGCAAGGCCAAUACACUCGUGGUGACAAAAGACACCCGACGAUUAUGCUUGAAGCGGUUGUUUCGUAUGAUUUGUGGCUUUGGCAUGCUUACUUUGGGCCCGCCGGUUCGAACAACGACAUCAACAUCCUUAAUGAAUCUGACUUGUUCGACCAGUUUCUCCAAGAUAAAGCUCCUGCGGUAAAUUUCACCGUUAAUGGCCAACAGUUUACAAAGGGUUAUUAUCUAGCUGAUGGUAUUUAUCCAGAAUGGGCUACACUUGUCAAGUCUUUCAAGUGUCCCAUGGACCCUAAGACCUCUAAAUUCAAACACUUCCAAGAGUCUGCAAGAAAAGACGUGGAACGUGCUUUUGGGGUACUUCAAGGCCGAUGGAGAAUCCUUCAACAGGGUGCGCGUCCAUUAAUUAAGUAUUAA